GGGAGUUUCAAGACCUCUGGUGCAAGAAGUGUGUACCACCUGUGGUAACCAUGACUCUUUCGAGCAGACGUGGACAAUGUUUCCAGGAACUGAUCUGUUUGUUGGAAUUCCAUUUCAUGCCGCUCAUACUAUAUUGGAAACAGGUUAUUUUUUAUUCAGUUUUGCCUUACGCCCCCCCUAACUGAUGAGAAAAUUAAUAAUGAGAAAAGAAGUAUGAAAAAAUAUCCGUAAAUGUAUGCUUGUGUUAGUUUGUUCUUUUUCUGUAGGAUCAAGCGCUUACCACUGCGCUAAAAGCAAUUGCUGUUAGUGAGGGCGCAACUUUAUUUCUUUAUAGUAUGAGCCCUCAGGGGCUGCACCUAAAGCGAGGUUUGUAAGCUCUCUCUAGGCGGCAUGGGUUGGGAUGUUAAGCCCAUUCGAAUCCCUAAGGGUGUCGCUGGAUUUAUUUAUCCAACAUUUUCAUCCAUCCGGCAAAAAUGUUGAUUAGUCAUGCUUCUUAUGUGGCCAUUCAGUAGUAUCUAUUUAUUUGACAAAAGCCUGUAAUCUUUGGAAUUUUUACAUCUUUGAUUUAGUGCAAUUUUGGAGUACAUGUGAAAUUAUUUUCAUAUUUUCUAGCUGAUAUGCAUUAGCUUGGAGUCUGGAUUAUUCACCAUUAUCCUCGGUAUGAGAAACAAUAUGCAAAUGCAAUAUUUUUAACAAAUUUCAAUAGAAGCAACAACAACAACAAGGCUUGGUUGUUGUUGUUGUUGUUGUUGUUGUAGUUGUUUCUAUUGUAAAUUUUUUAAAGAUAUUAAAGUGUCUGUCAUACAUACUCGUAUAGGUUCAACCUGAUUGUGUUGAGUGAUGAAUACAUACUCGUAUAGGUUCAACCUGAUUGUGUUGAGUAAUUUCAUCACGUGGUUGCAAAAUUUACAUUGUUGAAGUUGAAUGUAAUUUCACCUAAAUUUAGUUUUCCCUGCAGCUUUGUGUAAGUUGUUUGUAAUUUAACUUGAAUUGGUCCCAUUUUCCUUUUAUAUUAUUUUGUUUUCCAUCAUGAAACAUGUAGAAUAGAAUCUGUACUUCGUAGUUUCAAGGAAAUGAUCAAGCAUGGAUGAUCAGUAUUAUGCUACAGCAGUUCGGAAUUCUGACUGAAUAUUUUCUUGAUAAUUACUAUUAUUCUGAAAGUCCAUGUUUGAAUUGUAGCUGUGUCAAUAUUUUUUUUUGUCUCUAAGUUGAUUUCUAUUGAAAUUUGGUUGGUAUAUUCUUAUGGGUGUGUAAUUAUAGAUCAAGCAGAGCUUGACUUUGAGGCAAAGAAACUACAGAGCAUUGUGAAGGAAAAAACACUUAUUAUAUCAGAAACAGGUGCUCUUGCAGACAAGAUUAGUCCAGGAGUGCUUAAAUCGCUUGUAACCUUAAACGACAAACGAAAGUAAGAUGCUUUAUGCCGACUAUGGCGUGUCACAGUGUCUUUUGGAAAUGAUUUCUUCAGGCAUUUAGGUAGUUUAUUCAAGUCUUGAUGUUGAAGACAAUCAACCAUGCUCCUCCUCCAGCUAACACUCAGAGCGGUGGUGGAUCUAUGCUUGGUGGUAUUGGUUCAACCAUAGCUCAAGGUAUGGCUUUUGGCACUGGAAGUGCAGUGGCACAUAGGGCUGUGGAUGCCGUUAUGGGUCCUCGUACUAUUCAACAUGAAGCUGUUGUUAAUGAGGCUGCUGCAGCUGCCCCUGCUCCAACUGCCAAUUCUUUUGGUGGUGAUGCAUGCAACAUUCAUUCAAAGGCUUUCCAGGAUUGCCUGAACAAUUACGGAAGUGAUAUUAGCAAGUGCCAGUUUUACCUUGAUAUGCUAUCAGAAUGCAGAAAGAACUCUGGAUCCUCAAUGAGCAUGUAACUCCCCUUGGCAUGUUUUGAAGUAUUCCUGUGUACUCUGUCUUGGAUGUUUACAACUGGUGAAAGAUAUUAUUAAUCCAAUAAAUUUCUAUUUGACUGGUGACAAACUAUGAAAGUUGCAUCAGUCUAUUGUUUUAUUUCUUAUUGAUAAAGUUGUUUUGUCUCAAACACCCCUGGUUGUCAGCAUUUUGGGAUAUUGUUUGAACUUUGAAUUGCUGAAGAGUGUCUUUUUCCUCCAGCCCUCUUAGAAGCUAUUCAAAUACACAAAUUUAAUCUAGUAAAACUUUAUAACUUAUACACUCUGUAUUCUUGAUUAUUCUGCAUGUGUCCUACAACCAAGAAAUAAAAUGUAAGCAGGGAAAAAUUGUGGGGUAGAA